AGCACGCAGAGGGAGAAGGCAGGAGGGAAGAGAGAGGCCGGACAUGUUAGAGUUGUGUCUGUUAGGAACACAUGUGGGAAAGAGAGAGAGAGGGACUAAAGGAAAGCAGCUGAGGAACGCUUUCAAUGCAAAGACGGCUCGAGGAGAACAGGAUGAAGGGAAGAAAACACGGAGGAAGAGAAUAAAACAGCGAUGUCUGAGGCAGACAGUCACUCUGGAAGUAUAUCUCUGAUCCAGUCCAUGCUGCUCAGACUGAGCACUGCAGAAGACACGGAUCAACCUCCUAACAUACACCCUAACACGCACCGUAACACACACCCUAACACACCCCAUCACCUCAGAACCUCAGUGGAAACAGACAGGGGAUUCUAUGUGACCCCUCAGGACCACAAUAAUGCAGAACUCAUAUUCCAAGGGAAGCUCGUUUCAGUGAUUGAGGAUGAUGAUAAUAGUGAUCAUGUUGAUGAUGAUAAUGAUCCACAAUUGGAAGUUCUGACUGAGAGGGACAACGAUCUGGAAUCAUCAGACAGGGAUUCAGAGGAGAGAGAAGAGGGGAAUUCCGGCAUUCUAUUUUUGGAUGCAGGAUCGAAAAAACUGGUCGACGAGGAGAAAGAGGAAACCAGCGAACCCCCUGCUGUGGUUCCCAGAUGGGAGAGAAGGCAGUUGCUACCCUGUCCCCCUGGCCUGGAUGCCAGACCACCGCCUCCCCCCGUUCCCCCCAAGAGGAAGGCUAAACCUCCACUACACCCUACAGGGCCACCGCCGCCGCCCCCUCCACCAGCCCUCGACCCUAGCCAGGGUGUCCCUGUGUUGGGGAGAGUGGUAGGCGAGGGCGCAGGCUGUGAGCUGAGGCCUCCAGGGCAUGGGAGAGGGCCUGGAGGCCAGGAGGAGGACAUGCUGUCAUCCUCAGGGGAUAGGCUGUCUAUGUACUCAGCUGUCAUCCUCAAGUCAGAACUCCGAUUCUCACAGCCCCUUCUGGAUCCUACUCUGGACUCUACAGCACAGAGGGGUGGGGGGCUGCAGCAGUUGGAGACGACUGUGUCCGUGGCAACACAGGACCCUUCUCAGCUGAGGGGGAAGGAUAUAGGGCGCCCCCCUAAAACCUCUGAGCCGGUGGGGAUGGGAGUAAUGGGGGUACCCAAACCAUUGGAAUCGAUCGCACCCACGCCGCUUAUACCCAAACCUCCACACAGAAACACAUCUCUGCCCCAGGGACCUGAGAGGAGAGCCCAGGACAGUCCAGAUGGAAGUGCCUCUUCUGGGUCUGAAGCGAGAGUCAUCCCCCCUGACCUCCAGUCUAUACCUCCAGAGACAGAGGGAGUCAGAGAACCACCAGAGCCUAGCGAACACAUCGCAGAUGGGAGCGAGAGCUCCAGAACCCCUGCCGAGUUUAGGUGUAACAUAGAGGAGGGAGGUUUGAUGGAAAGGGGGAGGAAUUUAGAAGGCACACAUGAAGUUGUGGUUCAGGAUGCUGCAACAUGGGGUGGUGUGGGUGUGCUUGGGUCGAAACACCCGAAUAUUAAGACAAUGAAGGGAGGAAAGGUGAAGAAAUUUGCCAAGAAGAUAAUGAGCAGAUGGAAGCAGAGUCGAGAGGAGAAGAGAGGGAAUGGAGAGAUUCAGGAGGACGACGGAGAAAAAGAGGUGGAGAGCGAAAUGCCAUUGGUGAACCUCGGUCAAGAUCGACAUUCAGUCAGGUUGCAUACCAAAAUGUCCGUCAUAGAGGAAGAGGAGGACGAAGAGGAGAAGAGGAGUAGUGAGGCUGCUCCACCGACGAUGGAGCCGCCCAGCCAAGCUGAGACGGAGAGGAAGCCUGUGGGACAGCAUGCACGUUUUCAGAGCUCCUUCAGCUCUUUCAAGUUCAACUUCAGUCCCAUCAGCUUGGUGGACGAGAUUCUAACAGGAGAGGAGUGGUCACCAUUCCUGUCCAUUAAGGACAGUCCUGCCCCCUCACUGUCCGUUUACCAAUCAGAGGCUGCUAGCCAACACGGUGGUGAAGGCGACCAAUUAAAGACUGAUCCAGAGUUGCACCUCCCCAACAACGUUCAACAUAACCACGAAAACAUAGGCCAUUCUUUAUAUGAGGAUGUUCACUUCAGCCAAUCAAGUUCGAAUGAGAUUGUGGACAACCAAUCGGACUACAGACAACAGGAAGUAGAGAACAACAAUGACACUGGAGCUGAUGCAAUUGCUGUUAUCAAACCGAAGAUACUAUUGGACAAUGAUCCAGCGGAGGAGAGUGAGUUGGACCACUCCAGACCCAUAUCUAAGGACAUCCAUGACUCUAAGUCCCCCAUAAGGAACCAAUCAAAGGACCAUCUUGACUUCUCCUGUGUUAAGUCACUUGGAGUUCUGGACAGUUCUGCUCAGAAACAUAAAAUUCAUCUGAGCAAAAAGAGAAAGCACAGACUUCCGGGGCUAAAGACGAGAAAGACCUUCAAGAUAAGACGCACUGCAAUCAAAGCCCCGGAAAUCAAAUUCCUCAAACCCUCUCCUCCUCCCACCCUCUCUCCCACAUCACUCCCUUCUUCCUCCUCUUCCUGCUCCUCUCCCUCCUAUGUCUUUCCGUCCUCUGUUUUCUACAGCAUCCCUCCGUCCGCUGAAGAACACGACCAUGGGACAACAACGACACAGGGCAACUUCUCCGUUAAGACUACUGAAUGCAGCAGAAAGCCAGAUGCAAGUCCUAAGCUGCCUCUGUCCAAGUUCAUAACAGUCCUGAGAGACAAAACCAAGAAGAAGAUUCAAUAGUGAAGAGAACUAGGUCUUGGUGAUCAAAUAGUAACCCAUAGCUCCUUCUACUAGCCCCUACCUGCACCCUACCUCUAAGCUCUACCUGCACCCUACCUCUAGCCCCUACCUGCACCCUACCUCUAGCCCCUACCUUCACCCAACCUAUAGCCCCUACCUGCACCCUACCUCUAGGCCCUACCUGCACCCUACCUCUAGGCCCUACCUGCACCCUACCUCGAACCCCUACCUGCACCCUACAUCUAGGCCCUACCUGCACCCUACCUCUAGCCCCUACCAUCACCCUACCUCUAGCCCCUACCUCUAGCCCCUACCUGCACCCUACCUCUAGGCCCUACCUGCACCCUACCUCUAUGCCCUACCUGCAUCCUACCUCUAGCCCCUACCUGCACCCUACAUCUAGCCCCUACCUGCACCCUACCUCUAGCUCCUACCUUCACCCUACCUCUAGCCCCUACCUGCACCCUACCUCUAGCCCCUACCUGCACCCUACCUCUAGCCCCUACCUGCACCCUGCCUCUAGGCCCUACCUGCACCCUGCCUCUAGGCCCUACCUGCACCCUAUCUCUAGGCCCUACCUGCACCCUACCUCUAGGCCCUACCUGCACCCUACCUCUAGCCCCUACCUGCACCCUACCUCUAUCCCCUACCUCUAGCCCCUACCUGCACCCUACCUCUAUCCCCUACCUCUAGUCCCUACCUGCACCCUACCUCUAGGCCCUACCUCUGGCCCCUACAUGCACCCAGUGGUGUAAAAAUACUUUAAAGUACUACCAAAAGUUUUGAGAAUGACACAAAUAUUAAUUUCUUCAAAGUUGGCUGCUUCAGUGCUUCAAUGCUUCAAUGCUUUUAUUGACAAUUACAUGAAGUUGAUGCAAAGAGUCAAUAUUUGCAGUGUUCUUUUUCAAGACCUCUGCAAUCCACCCUGGCAUGCUGUCAAUUAACUUCUGGGCCACAUCCUGACUGAUGGCAGCCCAUUAUUGUAUAAUCAAGAGUUUGGAGUUUGUCAGAAAUUGUGGGUUUUUGUUUGUCCACCCACCUCUUGAGGAUUGACCACAAAUUCUCAAUGGGAUUAAGUUCUGGGGAGUUUCCUGGCCAUGGACCCAAAAUAUUGAUGUUUUGUUCCCCGAGCCACUUAGUUAUCACUUUUUCCAUAUGGCAAGGUGCUCCAUCAUGCUGGAAAAGGCAUUGUUCGUCACCAAACUGUUCCUCGAUGGUUUGGAGAAAUGGCUCUCGGAGGAUGUGUUGGCACCAUUCUUUAUUCAUGGCUGUGUUCUUAGGCAAAAUUGCGAGUGAGCCCACUCCCUUGGCUGAGAAGCAACCCCACACAUGAAUGGUCUCAGGAUGCUUUACUGUUGGCAUGACACAGGACUGAUGGUAGCGCUCACCUUGUCUUCUCAGGACAAGCUUUUUUCCGGAUGCCCCAAACAAUCAGAAAGGGGAUUCAUCAGAGAAAAUGACUUUACCCCAGUCCUCAGCAGUCCAAUCCCUGUACCUUUUGCAGAAUAUCAGUCUGUCCCUGAUGUUUUUCCUGGAGAGAAGUGGCUUCUUUGCUGCCCUUCUUGACACCAGGCCAUCCUCCAGAAGUCUUCUCCUCACUGUGCGUGCAGAUGCACUAACACCUGCCUGCUGCCUUUCCUGAGCAAGCUCUGUACUGGUGGUGCCCUGAUCCCGCAGCUGAAUCAACUUUAGGAGACGGUCCUGGCGCUUGCUGGACUUUCUUGGGUGCCCUGAAGCCUUCUUCACAAAAAUUGAACUGCCCUCCUUGAAGUUCUUGAUGAUCCGAUAAAUAUUUGAUUUAGGUGCAAUCUUACUGGCAGCAAUAUCCUUGCCUGUGAAGCCCUUUUGUGCAAACCAAUGAUGACAGCACAUGUUUCCUUGCAGGUAACCAUGGCUGACAGAGGAAGAACAAUGAUUCCAAGCACCACCCUCCUUUUGAAGCUUCCAGUCUAUUAUUCGAACUCAAUCAGCAUGACAGAGUGAUCUCCAGCCUUGUCCUCGUCAACACUCACACCUGUGUUAACGAGAGAAUCACUGACAUGAUGUCAGCUGGUCCUUUUGUGGCAGUGCUGAAAUGCAGUGGCAAUAUGUUUUGGGAUUAAGUUCAUUUGCAUGGCAAAGAGGGACUUUGCAAUUAAUUGCAAUUCAUCUGAUCACUCUUCAUAACAUUCUGGAGUAUAUGCAAAUUGACCAUUCAAAUUGAGGCAGCAGGUUUUGUGAAUUUAAUAUUUGUGUCAUUCAAAAAUUCAAAAAUGUUGGCCAUGACUGUACUUUACUUUACUAUUUAUAUUUUGCCUACUUGUACUUGUACUUUUACUUCACUACAUUCCUAACGACAAUAAUGUACUUUUUACUCCAUACAUUUUCCCUGACACCCAAAUGUACUUGUUACAUUUUGACAGGAAAAUGGUCCAAUUCACACACUUAUCAAGAGAACAUCCCUGGUCAUCCCUACUGCCUCUGAUUGGGCAGACUCACUAAACACAAAUGCUUUGUUUGUAAAUUAUGUCUGAGUGUUGGAGUGUGUACCUGGCUAUCUGUCAAUAAAAAUAAAA